GAGUGAAGUCAUGCAAAACUGGUCGGUCUGCUUUGAUUGCUGUGAAAACACGUCAUGGAGCCAUGUGGACGAACCGGUUGUAUGAGCUGGAGUUGUUCUCCUUCACUAGUUGUCCUGGAGACGUUCCUGCCAGAGCACAGUCCACGGGCAGGUUUGUUUUUUUAUUUCCAAUUUUUUUUAAGUUGGAGAUCAUGUUCAUUCAGUCGCAUCGGAAGGAUUGACCAAUACUCAAAGGACACCCCCUGUCGAAACAACACCCGGCGGCCGGACCUGAAUCAUGAAAUUGCCGAGGCACACCCUGGGCAGGACCAUCUGUGCGCUGCUGGCGAUCGGUUUCGUCUGGUGUCUGAGUUUGCCAUAUUUGAUCCCGAGCAAAGAUGACCAGGACAACAUGGGUGUGUUCGGGCACAACAGACUGAGGCAGCGGGACAAGGCGCGGAUAGAAAAAAGCAGCGCUGACGACAUAAUGAAGAUCAUUGCCACGUUUGUGGACGACCUCUUCGACAUCUUGGAACCCUCGAAUGAUUCCUCUCGCCCGCCCCCUUUGAAGGACUACAAAGGAGAACUGCAGGUUGCCCAGGCGGAAAUGGAGGCAGAGAAAGAAAUGGGGCAAGUGAAGGAUGGCGUGAUCGAGGAGCUGCGUUCCGAUAAGCAGCAUCUGCAGCAACAAGUGGCUCGCCUGGAGGACCUCCUGAAGCUGCAGGUGGAGAAGGGGAAGAAGCAAGGCGACCAAGACAACUCGGAGGAUGAAAAGUGCCCACUGCCGCCCAUGGAUGGACACCCAGACUGUGAGGGCAAACUGAAAUGGAUGAAGGAGAUGUGGAAGACGGAUCCCUGUUAUCGCAGUCACGGGGUGAAUGGGUCACUGUGCUCCAUCCUCGUCUACCUCAGCGAGAUAGAGUCCUGGUGCCCUGUGCUUCCAGGUCGACCGAUCCGCACAGCUAAAGCAGAAGGCUCAGGGGUAAAGGUGGGGUCUGACCAAGCAGUGGUACGGAAAAGUCUGGAAGAUCUGUAUCCGUUUCUCGAAAACAGACUCGAGUUCCGUUGGAUUCACCAAAGAAUUCAAAGUAUGGGGAAGAUCUGGGUCGAGGCCGGACGCUCUCUCUCCGCCAAAUACAACCUCACCGAGCGAAAAGCCCAACACAUCCUGGUGCAUCCCGGUGUGGUGACGAAUGAAUCAGGUCUCAAAAUUGCAGAGACUGCCUUCAGCGGCGGCCCCCUUGGGGAACUCGUGCAGUGGAGUGACCUCAUCGCUACACUUCACGUCCUCGGUCACCAUCUUCACUUGUCUGCCUCCUUACCUGACCUCAAGAAUUUUCUAGGGUUCCAGACGAAUGGUUGCCCCCUUCGCCAUUCAAAAGUGGAAGCAAACCUGAUCUAUACAGACAUUAUUGGCCUCAAACAGUUUCAGCAUGCAUUUCCCGCAACCUGGAUGAAAUACAAAUGUGUGAUUCGAGUGUUGGACUCUUUCGGCACUGAGCCAGACUUCAAUCACGCAGUUUGGGCCCGAGAGAACAACCUUAUGAGUCCGUUUGGUCGCCUCAACCUCAUCCCAGCGCAGUUCUACACCAUGUUCCCUCAUACACCAGACAACACCUUCCUGGGCUUUGUGGUGCAGCACCAGCUGAGCUCUGAAUUAUCUGAGCAGCUCAACUCUACCAAGAGACGAAACCAGGCUCUCGUGUACGGAAAGAGCUCCAAGUUCUGGGAGGGAAAGGAAGCCUAUCUGGACGUUAUCCACAAGUACUUGGAAAUCCACGGGACGGCUGACAACAGUACACUGAUUCCCAGCUAUGUGAAAAACCACGGCAUUAUCAAGGGGACUGAGGUGCAGACCCUGCUGAGACAGAGCAAGGUUUUCGUGGGAAUGUCAUUCCCAUAUGAAGGCCCCGCCCCUCUUGAGGCCUUGGCCAAUGGCUGUGCUUUCCUGAACCCCAGGUUACGCCCUCCGCAGAGCCGCUUGAACUCAGAGUUCUUCAAAGGAAAGCCCAACAUCAGAGAGGUGACAUCGCAGCAUCCUUAUGUCGAGGCCAUAGGAGAGCCCUACGUAUGGAUGGUAGACAUGUUCAACGAAACAGAAGUGGAGAGAGCUCUCACUUCUAUACUCAACCAAAGUAUUGAGCCCUACCUUCCCUAUGAGUUCACCUGUGAAGGAAUGCUCCAGAGGGUCAACGUCCUCAUUGAAAAACAGGACUUCUGCUCCAGCGGCGGGAGGUGGCCUCCACUGAGCGCGCUCCAGGUUGUGAAGGCAGAGGCAGGCACCUCGUGCAAACAGGCGUGCCAGACGACGGGGCUGAUCUGUGAACCUGCAUUCUUUCCGCAUCUGAACAGCAACAAGGGUCUUGCUAACCACGGUGUCGAUUGUCAAACAUCAGAAGUUACCAACAGUCACAUGGUGCUCCCGGCCUACAACAGUACGAAACACUGUCUGUUCCAGUCGGAUCCCCUGCUCUUCAGUUGUGUGAGAUCGAACCAGUCCCUGAUUCGCAUCUGUCCCUGUAGAGACUACAUCAAGGACCAGAUAGCCUUAUGCAAGGCAUGUAUCUAACUGAUGCAGAAGACCAAAAAAAAAAAACUGUACAUACCACUCUGCACGUUAAGGUAAAUUCUGAAAUCCAAGUACAACAGUACCUCAUGUCAUUAUGACCAUUUCCGGCUGACUCAGCUGCUCAGAACAGGAAGUCCUUACCCUGACUAUGGCACACGAAAGUCAAGUUGCCUAAAAAAGGUCUGUUUCGUAUUAAAAGGCCAGUUGGACGAAAAGCAGUUUCACACCGUGUUCAGAAGUAUUUUGACUCAACAUGUACAGAGACUUCAUAAAGAAAUGGAUCAGAUGUCACCUGCCAUGACUGGUGCAGCACAGUGUUAUUCGAGCGUUGCCUUCAGGCUGAGUUGGUAUUUGCAGCCACGCACUUUCAAAUUCAGGGUGCUCCUCCAGGGUCCUCCAAUGGAGAGUGAUGCUAGAGGGAUGACACUCAUACUGCACAUGCCCAGUCUGACCCUCACAGUAUUUUUUUCCUGAUCCACGCCAAAACUUGUGUGUUUUGCUUUCUUGGCCCACGUCCCACCCUUCCACCAAGUGUUGUGGAAAUCCGUUUUGGUGCACAUUUGCUGGAGUGUGAAAUCAGUGUUUAAAAACUUUUGAGCUUGUUUAAUAAAAGUUG